GCAAGAAGGGAGGGCAGAGCUUCAGAUGAUCGAGUUUCUCUGCGCUGGACUUCUUUGGGCUGGGAGUACAGGCCGGAAUUGGGAACCGCAGAGAGUGCGGUCCAGAAUGGGCAUUUCGUCGGAGCGAACAUUGACUUUACAUCUCCGGUUGCUUGUCUUCUGCACUUCAAUCCAGACUCUUUCUCUUGCGAUUUUGGUUUUGUUUCAUCUUGAAAUGACAGGACACUUGGUGAACGUAUCACAACGUUAUAUUGCUCAGCGGGACUGUAGCUUACUUUCCAAUCGCACAGGUCGAUAGUAACGAGGUCCUGCUGACUCUGUGCUGUGUUGACCCAUUUAAUCCAGAAUGGGUCUCUGAGGCAGGAGAGGCUAUACCUCAUCACUCCCUGCACGUCACCUAAAAAGUGGAGAGGUGCAGGACUCGUACAUCCACCUGAGGUGGUGGUGUUCAGUGCUGACAGGACAGCCUUUCCACUCUCUUUUUGAGGAUGGAGGGAUCAGAGACACUGCAGGCCAGUGUGAACUCAUCCUACCUGAAUGCAGCAGAGUCCCUGGAUGACGAUCAGGAUCCCCUGCUUCCUAGUGAGGCUGAAGCCAGCCCCCGGUUUCCUGGCACACAACGGCCGCAUGACUCCUACAACCUGGUCUAUGCUAUCUUCUUCUUGCUGGGAGUGGGUUCCCUGCUGCCCUGGAACUUCUUUAUCACAGCCAAACACUACUGGGUUUACAAGCUGACAAAUGCCUCUGGGCAAACAGAUGGCCAGGUGCCUCGCUCUAACCUUAGUGAUUACUUUGAGAGCUACCUGUCCAUCGCCUCCACUGUGCCAUCAGUACUCUGCCUAGUGCUCAACUUUCUCCUGGUCAACAAAGUGUCCCCUGCAGUGCGUGUGCUCAGCUCCCUGGCGGUGAUCCUGCUGGUGUUCAUGGUGACGACAGUGCUGGUGAAGAUAGACACCACAGAGCGGCGGGAGGAGUUCUUUGUGGUCACCCUGGUCAGUGUGGCUGUGGUCAGUGGCACCUCCAACAUCUUCACCGGCAGUGUGUUCGGAGUGACUGGCCGCUUCCCCAUGAGGAUCUCGCAGGCUCUCAUUUCCGGCCAGGCGAUGGGUGGUACUCUCAGUGCAGUGGCCUCAUUGAUUGACCUGGCAGCAGCCCAUGAUAUCACAGACAGCGCACUGGCGUACUUCCUGACUGCUGAUGUCUUCAUCCUUCUCUGCAUCUUUGCAUACCUGCUGCUACCUCACCUGCACUACUCCAGGUACUAUAUGCUGCCGCCCCCCUGUGGUGUGCCGGGGAACGACGGCGCGUGUGCAGAAGACCAGCAGGCGCGCGACACAGGAGGGGUGCCUCCCCUGCGGCCCAUCCUCAAGAAGACAGCGGUACUGGGGCUCUGCGUGUUCUACGUGUUCUUUAUUUCCAUUAUGGUGUUUCCGGCCGUCUCCUCGGGGAUCCAGUCAGUGCACAAGGAGUCGGGCAGCCCCUGGACCAACGAGUACUUUGUGCCGCUCACCAGCUUUUUCCUGUACAACGCCGCGGAUUUCUGCGGCCGGCAGGCGACGGCGUGGGUGCAGGUGCCGGGGCCGCGCAGCCGGCUGCUGCCCUCCCUGGUGCUGCUGCGCACCGCGCUCGUGCCGCUCUUCAUGUUCUGCAACUACCAGCCGCGGGACCACCUCCAAACCGUGUUCUUCGCUCAGGACGUCUACCCCGUGGUCUUCAUCUCGCUGCUGGGCCUGACCAACGGCUAUCUGGGCACCCUGCCCAUGAUCUACGGCCCCAAAGUGGUGCGGCGCGACCUGGCGGAGGCAGCCGGGGUGGUCAUGUCCUUCUUCUUGAUGUUGGGCCUAGCGAUCGGCUCGGCCUUCUCCAUCCUCAUCGUGCACAGCAUCUGAACACUAGAGCCCCUUCGCUUUUAAAGACUGCGGACUGGUUCUCCCCAUGUCUGCUCGUGUAUUUUUACAGGUAUAUCUUUUAACCGGCCUUGUCCCCUGGGCUACACUCCACAGCCAGAUGCUGCCCCGAGCGGGCAGUUUCAGAAGAAGCCUGCAAUAACGCCUCAGAAGGAAGCCUGUCUCCCACUGUGCAUGUUUGAGGGGUGCUCAAGACAUACAGGGGGGCGGAAAGAAAAGACACUUUUUUUUUAUCCAUAACUGCCCCAAAAAAGAAACCGUGCAUGACAAAUAUGGUGGAUUUCUGAACAUUUCUUAAUUUUCAUUCACAUACUGCAAAGUAAACAAUGCAAUCUGGCACACGUGCAGCCUGCUAGCUUUGUUGCAGAGGACAUCUCUAGAAACCAUGCAUUUAUAACAGGAAGGUCUGCCUGUGGGUAUGCUCCAACACCAUGUGUCCCAUUGUAUCAUAUUGGCACUUAGUACGCUCCUGAGACAUUGCAAUGCCAAUCAUAUCGGCCAUAAUAGUGUAUGUUCAGGAUGUCCACUGUAGUGACAAUGGCAUCUGACAGAGAGGUCAACGCCACCCAUCUUUGUAAUAACCUUCAGAUGGCAGCUGCACCAGAACCCUGCCAAGCAAUGGACUAAUCCACCCGCGGUCAACAGCAGUCAUAGGAAUUGAUCUUAAGACCUGGGUUUGACACUGGAGAGCAAGAUGAUAUACAGUUAUAAAUAAGUGCCUUGAUGAUUGAGGUGUAUACACUGUUUUGGGAAUCUUGAUUUAUUAUUAGGUUGUUUUAUAGUAUUUUAUUCCUCAGCAAUAUGUUUCUCCGUGCACAGUUUAUUUUUUGGUCUGUGUUUGAGGGGUGAAGGGGUUCAUGCUUUUACCAGUAAUUUCAUAUUCAUUUUUAAUUAUUUGUUUUACAUUUUUAAAUAUUAAAAUAUUACAUGGGAACCUAGCAUGUGCAUCC